AUGGACUUCAAAAUGAGUGGACAGUUGUCUGUGGCUAUACUAUUGGCCCUAUUAUUAUGGUUAACGGUGUCUACUUGUAUGGCCAGUGAUCUGGGAGAGUUAGAAGAUUUUACAUCUACUGUUCCCUCAACAUCUACCGGUGCUCCUACACAACCGCCAGACCAUUAUGGGGGUUCUUUCUAA